AUGUUCAGGGGAGUGGAAUCUCAUGAUCGAGGUGUAGGGGAUGACGCCCUAUCACAGGCAAUGCUUCGUGUUCUGGAAAGGGUUGCCGGGGCAAGCACGGGUAAUGGAGUUCGAGGGUCUAUUUCUGAACGACUCCAGGCUAACUGUGCGGAGAUCUUUAGGAAGCUGAAAGGAGCCAUCUCAUUGUUACGAGAUGAGGCUUAUCAGUGGUGGCUCACUGUGAGAGAUGGGAGCCCCACUGACAGGGUGACUUGGGAGCUGUUUAAGACGAUCUUCAAGGGAAAGCUGAGCCGGUAUGCCGUCGGGAUAGUCGCUACGGAGUAUGAACGUAGCGUGUGCUUUGAUGAUGGUCUUAGAGAUGAACUGAGGCUGCUAAUUGCUUCGCAGAGGGAACGUGACUUUGCUGCCUUGGUGGAGAAAGCUAAGAUAGCAGAGGAGGAUUCAGGACCCUUGGGUGGUGCAAAUAGGAGUGAUAAAAGGGCAAGAGUAGAAGAGCCAGUUCGAGCAGUUCCGAUGAAUGUUGUUAGACCACAGAUCAGGUUCAGGUUGCGGAAUGGAGGGUUGCCCAACCAGCGAGAGGUGGACCAUAACCAUCGAGAGGACGUCAUCAAGGUAGGGGCGAUAAUGGAGAUGGUCAGGGAUGAGGAGCACCUGGCAGAGGUUCCGAAAAUGCUGAGGCUCGACAGCUGGCGUUGGUUGUAUUCUGAAACUGAAGAGAAACAUGAUGGACAUCUCUGCAUUGUGUUGCAAGUUUUGAGGGAGAGAGAACUUUAUGAGAAAUUUAGUAAGUUUGAAUUCUGGUUGAGGGAGCCAAGGAUAGCUAAUGUGGUAGCCGAUGCUCUAAGCGGUAGAGCUAUAUCUGAUCUGAGAGCAAUGCUCGCUCGCUUGAGUCUGUUUGAUGAUGGCAGUCUGUUAGCUGAAUUGCAAGCAAGGUCAACCUGGGUGGAUCAGAUUAAUGAAAAUCAGUUGAAGGAUGAGUCUUUGGUUGGUAGGUUCCAGCAAGUUGAGAAAGGGGAAACUUCUGAGUUUGGGACUUUGGCUAUGCAUCCUGGAGGAAAUAAGUUGUACCACGACUUGCAAGAAUUGUAUUGGUGGCCUGGGCUUAAGCGAGAAGUAACGGAGCUUGUGGGGAGAUGCCUGACAUGCCAACAGGUGAAAGCUGAGCAUCAACUACCUUCUGGACUUUUACAGCCAGUAAAGAUACCACUUUAG